AUGGAUAUAUAUGGACUUUAUCCGCCAUUAAUUGACAUAACAGCAAAGCUUGCAAGAGACGCUUAUAAAACAGCUGAAGAUGCACGUUAUACCAAGAAAACAUGUUUGAUCUUAGCAGACAGAUUAGAGAUAGGAUCGUGUGCUUUGUCUGAUUUAUAUAGGCACAGGGAUGAAAAAGACAAAGAAGAAAAAUUUAAAAGUAGUAAUUUCUAUAAAAGCCUUCAAAGUUAUGUAAAUGCGGCAAUUGAAAUCAAAAGAUUUAUUGAAGAGUUUUCUAACUUGAGAGGAGCAAUGAAAUAUAUUAAAUCAAAAGGGAAAGUUAUUCAACUUGUAAAAAGACAUGAUGAAGCUAUUGCUGAUUUAAAGCUAGGAAUAAGUCUUGAUGAAUUUAAAGAAAUUCAUGAUUUACAAAAUAUAAUGGAAACUGAAUUUGAUAAAAUUUUGAAUAAUCAAUCAAAUGAUAUGAAAUUAAUAAUAGAUACACUUGCAUCAAUGAGUAAUAGUCAUAAACAACCAAUUGAAAUUAAAUCAAUCAGACAACAUGAUUUAAGAGAUCCAGAUCCAGAGCAAGUAGUAAAACGUGGAAAAGUUUUUAAAAAAUUAUUGAAAGGGUAUGAACCAGUAGCAUGUAAGCCAUUUACAGAUGAAGAAUAUAAAGAAGAAGACUUUCGUACUCUUUUAGCAAUUUUAGGUAGAGAAUAUCAUAAUAAAAGUAUACGAAUUAUGCCCUGGAUGGCCCCUGAGAAACUCAAAGAUCCUGAUGGAGUCAGAUACACUUUAAAAUGUGAAAUAUUCAGUUUUGGUAUGUUUGUCUGGGAACUAUCAUUUCAACAAGUUCCAUAUUUUCAUAUGCUUGAUAAUGAUGGUGUAAAAAUUACUCAUUAUAUCUUGGAAGGUGGAAGAGAAAGUGUAAGGAAACUUAGUCGCUUUGAUGAUAUUCAAAAAUGUUUCAAAAACAUAAUAGUAAAAGCUUGGAAUCAAGAACCUUCAUUACGACCAAAUAUGCCUAUUUUUCUUACUCAAUUAGUUACUUUAUACAGAAAUCAUUAUUUACCUAGACCUAGAAGUGGCAUUGGCAAACAAAUUACUCUUUCAUUCGAUGAUGAUGAUCUUUCAUUAGGUACAUUGAGUUUAGAUGAUGUUCCAAAAGUCGGUGGUAAUCCUUUAAUGGCUUCUGAAUUUAUGAAAUAUAUGGAAAAGGCUGCCUUCCAUGAAAAUCAAGUUGCUUUGUAUAACAUGGGUGAUAUUUAUUACGAAGGGAAAUUAAAUUUACCAAGAAAUCAAAAACAGGCAAUAAUUUAUUAUAAAAAGGCUGCUUUGAAAGGUCAUGAAAAAUCAAUUAAGAAACUUAAAAGUUUAAAUAUAAAUAUCUAUGGUGAUUAA